UCAUCCCUGGCGUCCACCGUGUCCCCAUCUUCCCUGGCGUCCCCCUCAUCCCUGGCGUCCCCAUCUUCCCCGGUGUCCCCCUCAUCCCUGGCGUCCACCGUGUCCCCAUCUUCCCUGGCGUCCCCCUCAUCCCUGGCGUCCCCAUCUUCCCCGGUGUCCCCCUCAUCCCUGGCGUCCACCGUGUCCCCAUCUUCCCUGGCGUCCCCCUCAUCCCUGGCG